AUGGCGGACGGAGCGUCCGAGACGACGCCUCUGAAGGCAUCACAUAUUCACAAUGGCGAGACCAAUGCCAAACCCGAUGGAUCACCAUCACGACCCUCCUAUGGUACCGCACCCGCCCACAUGACCCAGGAUGGAUUGUCAUCGACGACGCCAAGCAGUUCUGACUGCGGUAAUUACGAUGGAGCUAGCUCCAAACAAAACUAUCCACAAGGAUUCAAGUUUGCCGUCAUCAUCGUUAGUUUGUGGGUGGUGCUCUUCAUGGCUGCCCUAGAUGGCACCAUCGUGGUGACACUGAUCGCAUCCAUCUCAUCCUCGUUCAGGGCAUCGGAAAAGUCGGGCUGGCUCAGCACUUCUUAUCUCCUCUCGGUCUGUGCAUUCUCUUCAAUCUAUGGCCGUCUUUCCGACAUCAUCGGGCGCAAGGGUGCGCUACUAGUAGCACUCAGUUUUUUCACGCUCGGCACAUGUCUUUGUGCUACAGCCAAGACCAUGAAUUCGCUUUUGAUCGCUCGCUUCGUCGCAGGCAUUGGAGGUGGCGGUCUGCUCACAACGUCAUCGAUUUGCAUGACCGAUUUGGUUCCGCUCCGUCAGCGAGGAUUGUGGCAGGGAAUCACCAACAUUCUCUUUGGUUCUGCUUCAGCGUUGGGGGGCCCUCUGGGCGGUUUCAUCAAUGACGCCUUUGGUUGGCGUACCGCUUUUGGCUUUCAGGUUCCCUUCUUGUUGGUAGGAGCUGUUUGCAUCGCCACGUUCGUCAACAUUCCGCUGCCGGCUUCGGAUCAGAGCUGGCAGAAGAAGCUGGGCCGCAUCGACUACCUGGGCUCGCUCAGCUUGAUCUCGUCUUCGAGCUGUUUGUUGCUAGCCAUGAGCUUCCUCUCUGGAUCCCUUUUGCCCUUUUCGCACCCUCUCGUGUGGGGCUUCCUGUUGGGCUUCCUCGUCACAGCGAUGCUGUUUGUGCUGUUGGAAGGUUGGGUGGUUCGCGAACCAGUCAUGCCGCUGACGCUUUUGACGCGCAAAUCACCAGCUCUUAUCGGUGCCUCGUAUUUCCUCGGAAGCUUCGCCCACUUUGCCACCAUCUUUCACUUUCCACUCUGGUUCCAAUCGGUCCGACUGCAGAGUGCUUCGCAAGCCGGCCUCCACCUCAUCCCUAUCUCGUUCUCAGCUGCUGCAGGUAGUCUUUGGGCGGGACUCUACAUGAGGCGCACGGGUAAAUACUGGCAAGCCAACAUUGUCUGCUGUCUGCUCAACAUUGCAGCUACCGGCUAUGGUGCCCUUUGGAACGAAUCGACAUCGGCGUGGUCGGAAUACCUCACUUUCUGUCCACAAGCAUUUGGCACGAGUGCGAUUUUCACCUUUAUGCUCAUCGGUCUCAUCGCCUCGGUCUCCAAGGACAAGGCGGCGGUCGCGACGGGUACGGUGUAUCUGUUUCGAAGCUUGGGACAGGUUGUAGGUGUCUCGCUUUCGACAGCACUGUUUCAGAUGUUGCUCCAAUCGCAGCUAUGCCGUAACAUCACCCCGGACCUGCUGCCACAUCCAGAGCAAGGCGCUGCUGGCGUGAAACAACUCAUUUCGGCGUUGAGGCACGAUACCUCGUUGGUACCCACAUUGCAUCCGGAGCCGUUGAGACAUGCGGCUCAGCUGUCAUACAUGGUUGCGAUCAAGCGGGUCUUUCUGCUCGUGACGCUGCUCAACCUGCUCUAUUUGGCGGUAUGUUGGCCAGUAGAAGAAUAUGAGUUGUCGGACAAGCUGCCUGCUACCGUCUCUACCCGUCGCGACAACGAAGCGUUGCCAGAGCGACAGGAAGAGACUCGCGCAUAG